CCAGGACUAUUAUAGCCCCUGCAGGAUGGACUGGUAUGGCAUAGGCCUACCCCGACCGAUUGAACCUCUGCAUGGGCUUGAACAAGAUGCAAAAGGCAAAGAAGUAUGACUGGAAAGACUCAAACAUGGCCCUAUUUGGGUCCGACACGGAAAAGAGCGUCAAAAAAGAGUCCGCUCAACAGGAGAAGGCUUGGGAAGCAACAGAAAACCUCGCAGGAACACAGACAGUGAUUUUCCGAGUAGUAAAAUUCAAAGUAACAGAGUGGCCAAAGGAACAGUAUGGAGAGUUCUAUAACGGCGAUUCUUAUAUUAUUUACCACCAAGAGAAAAAUGACGAGGAUGAUUCACUCGAAAAACAUGUUCACUUCUGGAUCGGGAAAUAUAGUACCCAGGACGAGUACGGCACUGCAGCUUACAAGACCGUCGAGUUGGAUACCUUACACGAUGAUGAGCCCAUCCAGCAUCGCGAGGUUCAAGGAAACGAAUCUGCCUUGUUCAAGUCUUACUUCGAAGACCUCACGCUUCUCAAGGGAGGUGCCGAGACCGGAUUUAGGCGCGUUUUGCCAGAGGCCUACUCGCCACGCCUGUUUCAUAUACAGAAAAUUGGCAGAAAAAUACAAUCAACUCAGGUCUCGCUCAAGAAAGGUAAUCUUACCUCCGAUGACGUUUUCCUCAUAGACCUUGGUUCGAAAAUUUACCAGUGGAAUGGAUCGAAGUGCAGUCAUGACGAAAAGUUUAAGGCUGCCCAAGAAAUCCAACGGAUAGCGAGCUCCCGUGGCAAGUGUAAAUCAGAAACGUUGGAGGAAAAUUCAACUUCAUCGGAUCACCCCGCAUUGAUCGUUCUGAAGGACGGGGAGAUCAAAAAGAAGCCAUUGGGAGAGAAGAUUGUACCCAAGUUAUUCUGCGUCUCCGAUGCGGACGGUCCGCUAGACCUGGAAGAAAAAGCGAGCGGGAGUGAUGUAUCUAAAGACAAGUUAAGCAGUGAUGAUAUUUACAUCAUCGAUUUGGAAGACCACUGUUAUUGCUGGGUUGGUUCUGGGGCCUCCAUAGACGAGCGGAGAAACGGAUUAACUUAUGCGUCAAAUUAUCUCAACAAAACUGACCACCCCUACAACCCGAUAUCUGUCGUAUCAGAAGGAAAGGAAGAUCAGGCAUUCAAAGAAAGCUUUUAAUUGAUGCACUUGCAUCUUUAUCGUGAAGUGAACAAGAUCUAGUAACCAUAUAAUAAAGCCAAAGUAUAACUUACUUGUUACAUGUACUUUUAGCCGUGAUAAUGUUUUUUUUAAACACUUAUCAAGUUCGGUUGAAUUGACUGUGCUUAAGUAAUUGUUUGCCUGCACACAUACGGUGACGGCUAUAACUUGCGAUUUUUGUAACUCAACAUUACCAAAAAAUAGAGCUGAUAAUCACUAACUUUUAUAUGUUAUCGCUUUCUUUACCCUGCAUUAAUUCCAAAUAUGUUACAUAGCGAGAGAAGAAGACAGGUCUGUUUUAACACUAGAAUUCAAGCGGAACGAACUCACUGAAAUCUGUCAACAAACGCAGAUGGUCACUGCUGUUGUCUAGUGUCAGACACGGUUCUAAUCGUCAACCACGAAUUAUGCAGUUUAGGGAAAUACUGGAACUGGGAUGAGGUCAAAGAUUUGGAAAUAUUUUCAUAUUAUUUUCAUCUUGCAACCAACAAUUGGGUGGCUUCAGUCAUAUACUCUUCGUGUAAUCUCGUGUUGUUUUUAUGCGGGCAGAAAAUGUCACAGCGAUAUGUCUACCGAUUUCUGAUGUAAACAUGUUCGAAAGAAGUGGAUAGGUAUUGCAUAUAUUAGAAUCUUGUGAUCAUAUUAUAUAUACAUGUAACAUUAGAACGUUACAUUUUUUGUAGACUUGUUAAAUGUGAUGUGAGAACUACGAUGUUUUAGAUGCACUAGGACCCCACUCGCUUACCAUGUUAGCUCCUUAAAGGCAUAUCACCGUAACAAACAUAUAACAUAAUAAGCAACAAGCCUUGAUAGGUAUAUAAUUACUCUCUAUUGAAAGCUCUGUGUGUGCGUGUCACAGUUAAAGAAAAUAUCAUGAGGGAAGAACAACGCAGUAUUACCGCAAACGGUUCUCGUUCCGUUCCCCGUUAUCGGAUACCAUCAUGGUUAUUUAUUCAUGACAUCAUGGAUUAGAGAAAUUAGUUUCGCAUUCCCGACCGAGAUCCAGCAGUGACUGACGAUUUCAAAGGUUUUCCGUGUUUUGACCGACUGUUUAUCACGCUAUCUCGACUUAUCAAAAAGAAAACUGUAUCUGGUCAUAUUAUGGUCAAUAUGAAAAAGGUCAUUUAUCGUCGAAUGUCUCUUAACAAAAUUGCCAGUAUUUGUUUGCGAUGGAGCCAACGGGUUCCAAGGCCUGAUUCACGGUAUCCGCUUUCAAAGACGGGAAGACCACCUGAUGCCCUAAAACUGAUGUCGUCAUGAACAAAAAGUUGUCAUUCUCGGCGGAACAGUAUUUAUGACGAAAUUUAUUCACGAGUCUGGCAAAUCCAUGAAUACGUUCCUAUAUAUGUUCACAGUAAAUGAUCGGGGUAGUCGUUACCUUAUUACAGUAGUUUAGAAGAAGUGUUCAACCCAUUCAUCCUUAUUAGCACUGAGCUUAUGGUGUCGUAAACCUUAUUGAUCGUUUUGAAUGGUUGUUCGUGCUAUUACAGGUUCACGUGACCUUAACCCAAUCUUUAUUAUUACAUGUGACAUAUUUAUUCUCAUAUGUACCUAGGGUUUCAUCCUAUGUUUAUGUGGUGUUACAUGCACUCCUGCUCUUCCUCUACUUUGUAAAUAAAAGUAUUUCAUAUUUCCUGGCCAAAACG